CGGAAGCCUCUGGUCUCCAGGCCCUGCGGCGCCUUUUAACUGCAAGCUCGGUCCUGGAAACUGCAUGGAUGAAUUGGUAUCUCUGGUUAGCUCCUCAAGCGAAUCCGCCAACCGGACGGCGAGAGAUAAAGGGGGUUAUGAAUUACUUCACGAAGCGAAUGAACUUUAAAAGCCGCUCUACCGCCAUGGCAAUGUAAAAAGGCGAAGUUGUAUGACAACUAUUUUGAUUAAGGGAGCAGCGGCUUUAAACUUAGUGCCAGAGUCUCCCCAGUCAUUCGUCUUGCCGCUUUUACAGUUGGUGGGCUAUUUUCAGCUGUGAUUAUGUUUUAGCGGUUUAUCGUUUUAAAACUGGGCAACGUGCAUUGGCGUAGCGGGUGGUGAAGCCGGGAGCAGACAUCUUUAUUAACGGCUUCCUGACUCCAACUGAUUGGUUGCGACCCCUUCCGCUCUUACGCCAUCUUAAAAUGGGGCAUUCUUCUGACAACGAUAGACUCUGACGAAACCUCUGGCGACCUUUUUGGUUGAGGGCGGAAGUGAAGGCCGCCGUCGCGCCGACCACGCCCACAAGUUCUCGACUCACGUGGAAGCGGCGCUCAGGAUGCUGCGCCGUGAGGCCCGCUUGCGCCGCGAAUACCUGUACCGAAAGGCCCGCGAGGAUGCCCAGCGAUCGGCCCAGGAGAAGAAGGAGAAAGUUCGGCGCGCGCUGGAAGAAAACCGCCUGAUUCCCACUGAGUUACGCCGGGAGGCUCUGGCCUUGCAGGGGUCCCUGGAGUUCGAUGAUGCUGGUGGUGAAGGUGUGACCAGUCAUGUAGAUGAUGAAUAUCGAUGGGCUGGGGUCGAGGAUCCUAAGGUCAUGAUCACCACCUCCCGGGAUCCCAGUUCCCGCCUGAAGAUGUUUGCAAAGGAGUUAAAGCUUGUGUUCCCGGGUGCCCAGCGCAUGAACCGAGGUCGGCAUGAGGUGGGGGCACUAGUGCGAGCCUGUAAAGCCAACGGGGUCACUGACCUCCUGGUUGUACAUGAACACCGAGGCACACCUGUGGGGCUUAUCAUCAGCCACCUGCCAUUUGGCCCUACUGCUUAUUUCACACUGUGUAAUGUGGUUAUGAGACAUGACAUCCCUGACCUGGACACCGUGUCAGAGGCCAAGCCUCAUCUCAUCACGCAUGGCUUCUCCUCCCGGCUGGGCAAGCGGGUUUCAGACAUCCUCCGUUACUUGUUCCCUGUGCCCAAAGAUGACAGCCACCGGGUCAUCACCUUUGCAAACCAGGAUGAUUAUAUCUCAUUCCGGCACCAUGUUUACAAGAAGGUGGACCAUCGCAAUGUGGAGCUAACUGAGGUUGGGCCUCGAUUUGAGAUGAAAUUGUAUAUGAUUCGCCUGGGCACACUGGAGCAGGAGGCCACAGCAGAUGUGGAAUGGCGCUGGCACCCCUAUACCAACACUGCACGCAAGAGGGUCUUCCUGAGCACCGAGUGAGCCUGAUCUCCAGUCAGGAUGUAGACUUGGAACCUGAGAGAGGGGUCUGUCCCAAACGGGCCUUUCAAAUCAGGUGUGGGACUAUGGUGGGCUGGAGGGUCCAAAUAAAUUCUUUGUAUUAUACCUUCCACCUA